AUGGAAGAUAUUGAGAAGUGCCUGUGCUAUUACAAAAUUUUAAACGUGGAUACAGAUGCUUCUCUUGAAGAAAUUAAAAAGAAUUAUAAAAAAAUAGUACUUCUCUAUCACCCUGAUAAGAAUAGUCACCUAAGUGAAGAAGAAAAGAAGAGAUAUACAAAUUUAUUUAGAAAGAUUCAAGAAGCAUAUGAAUGUUUAUCAGAUGAAGUUCAAAGAAAAUGGUAUGAUAGAAAUAGAAAGAGAAUAAUUGAAGGUAGAGAAAACAGUGAGAAGAAAAAUUCAGAGAAACAAAAAUAUGAAUAUAGUUACACAAAUAUAAAUAUUUGGAAGUAUUUUAAUAAUACAUGUUACAAUAAUUUUUAUGAUGGUGAUGGUGGGUUCUAUGAUGUCUAUCGUAAAUUGUUCGAUGAAAUAAUAAGAGAAGAAAAUGAAGAAAUAAAAAUUAUGAAUAAUAUAAAAGGCUCUUACAAAAAUGGUUAUACUAAUAAAAAAAAGAAAGAUAAUAUAAAUAGCUCUGAUAAAAAUAAUAUACACCAAUAUGGUCACAAUGAUGAUAAUAAUAAUAAUAAUAAUAAUAAUGAUGAUGAUAAUAAUAAUGAUGAUAAUAAUAAUGUUCAUGGGUGUUUCAUUAAAGCACCAUCCUUUGGAACUUCAUCCACAUGUGGAAAACAAUUAGACGAAUUCUAUGAUUAUUGGUCUAACUUCACUACAAUAAAAAAAGUAGAUUAUUCAUAUGAAUAUAUAAAAACUUAUGAAUUCGAAAACAGAAACUUUCGAAGGAACCUAAAAAAAGUCAGUGAGAAAAGAAGUAUAAAAGAAAAGAAAGAAUUCAAUGAAAACAUACGUUCUUUAGUUAAUCAUAUUAAAAAAUAUGAUAUACGUUAUAUUAAUAGAAUUGUUGAAUUAAUUGAAGAAAAAAGAAAAAAAAUUGAAUUAAGAGAAUUAAAAAAAAAACAAGAAAUAUUAAAGAGGAAAUUAUUAUUUCAAGAAAAUAAUAAAAAAAAAGAAUAUAAUGAACACAUAACUCAACAAGAUAUAAUUUCAUCAUCAUCUGAUGAAUAUAAUUUUAAUGCUGAAUAUAAACAUAUAAAUUAUUCUCAUGACACAAAUAAAAAUUCAUUAUCAAAUUGUGAAACGGACAAAGAAAAUGUAGAUAUAAAAAAAAAUCAAAAACAACAUAUGAAUCAAAAUAAAAAAAAUAUUAAUAAGGAUGAUAAUAUUGGUAGUGAUAAUGAUAUAAACAAAAAAAAAAAUUAUGACGAUCAGCAUAUUAUUUGUAGUCACAAUGAAGAUGAAUAUAACGAAGCAGUUAUAAAUAAAAUUAUUUAUAGAUGUGAUGUUUGUAAAAAAAAUUUCAAGUCGAUGAAGCAGUAUGCUUCUCAUGAGAAGUCGAAAAAGCACAUCAAUAAUUUUUUAAAAAAUGCGCAUAAGUAUGAUAUGGAUAAUAUAUUUGGAGAUGACAGCAUGGAUGAUCAAAUAAAUGAUUCAAAAGAUAAUGAUCAUAAAAAUAGUGAUGGUGAUAAUAAUAAAAGUGGUGGUGAUAAUAAUAAUAGUGAUGAUAAUAAUAAUAAAAGUGAUGGUGAUAAUAAUAAUAGUGAUGAUAAUAAUAAUAGUGAUGAUAAUAAUAAUAGUGAUGGUGAUCAUAAUAGUGAUGGUGAUCAUAAUAGUGAUGGUGAUCAUAAUAGUGAUAGUAAAUCUUUACAUAGUAAUAUUAAUAAUGAUGAGAAUAAAGAAAAAAGCGAUUCAGAAUGUACUUCUCAUUCUUUAACUUCAAAUGAAAACGAUGAUAUUUUAUUGUGGUAUAGAAAUAAAAAAAAAAGUAACUACAAAGAUCUGACAACUAGUUAUUAUAAUAAUUUAGAACAAAAUAAUGCUCAUAUAUUAAAUGAAAAAAUAAAAACAAAUGAUAGUAGUGAUGAUUAUAAAAGUUCAAGGAAAAAGAAAAAAGAAAAAAAAAAAAAUAAAAAUAAUAAAAGUGAAAGUCAUGAUAAUAUAAAUAUUAUAAAUAAUAUAGAUGAACAUAAUAAAAUCAAUAGUGUUCAUAUUAAUAACUCUAAAAAAUUAAAAGAAAAUAUAAAAAAUCUCAAGUGUCAAAUAUGUCAACAAAUUUUUGAAUCCAGAAAUAAAUUAUUUCAGCACAUACAAGAAAAGGGUCAUUCAGCUUAUAAAAAUGUAGAUACGAAUAUAAGAGCAAAUAAGGGAAAAAAAAAAAAAAAAUAA